AUGAAUCAUCCAAACGGAUAUUCUCCAGCGAAUCUUUCAAUCUUUAAUGGUAAGAAUUACGAAAAUUGGUGUAAGCAGAUGAAGGUUAUUUUUUGCUAUCAAGAUCUUUGGAAUCUUGUGGAGAAUGGAGUAACACCAAUUAGAGAACAUGCUACAAAUGAAGAAAAUAAUGCAUACAAAGACUUGAAGAAGAAAGAUUAUAAGGCUCUAUUUUUAAUUCAUCAAUGUGUUGAUCCAGACAACUUUGAGAAAGUUGGUGAUAUUGAUUCAGCAAAGGAAGCAUGGGACAUCCUGGAAAAAUCACUUGGAGGCGUUGAGAAAGUGAAGAAUGUGAGCUUGGCAAAUUUUGAAGCUUAUUCAAAAGAACUUGCAGCAAAAACUCUACUUCAAAAAAAUGCGAGAAAUUAUUCAGAUCCAGAACCUUAUAUCAACACUGAGCAUUCAUGGGAGGAGGAUUCAUCAUCUCAACUUGAAGAAACCUUGACCCAGUUUAUAAAGAUGAUUCAACUCAAUUUUGAGAAAAUUAACAGGCAUCAAGAAACAGUGCGAAGUAAAAUGGAAACAUCCUUCGAGAAUUUAGACAGACAACUUGGUCAAGUAUCUAGUCAAUUAGCAUUAGUACUGAGAUCUAGUGGGGAUUUAUAUGAAAAUAUGUUAGAUAGUCCUAGAGAUGUGUAUACUUAA